CAAAUGCAGUCAGUGUUGACGGUUUUAGGGUCGAGGCGGCUCACUUCUCUCACCUCUGACACAAAAAGGUAGGACGUGAGUGAAUAGACAUCAAGCCAUGGGGACCCAGGAGCAACCAUGUUACACCCUCAUUCAAGGGCCAGCUGACACUGAGCAGCCUUCAGAAAUGCAGUUAAAACAAGACUUGGAAAAUGGUGAUAUCCCUGUCAAGACUGCAGCUCUGAAAAAGGUCAUCCAGCUGAUCUUGAAUGGAGAACGUCUUCCAGGGAUCUUGAUGACUGUAAUACGCUUUGUAAUGCCACUUGAAGAUCACACUAUUAAGAAGCUGUUGUUGGUUUUUUGGGAGAUUGUGCCCAAGACCACACCAGAUGGCAAGCUACUGCAGGAAAUGAUUCUUGUUUGUGAUGCCUACAGAAAGGAUCUCUCCCAUCCCAACGAAUUCAUCAGAGGAUCAACUUUACGAUUUCUUUGCAAACUGAAAGAACCAGAGCUGCUUGAGCCCCUGAUGCCCACUAUCCGCACUUGUCUUGAACAUAGACACUCUUAUGUUCGAAGGAAUGCUGUUCUUGCUAUUUUCACUAUUUACAAGAACUUUGAUUUCCUGAUUCCUGAUGCUCCUGAACUCAUCUCCAACUUCUUAGAGGGAGAGCAGGACAUGUCAUGCAAGAGAAAUGCGUUCAUGAUGCUUAUACAUGCUGACCAAGAACGUGCUCUUACCUACUUGUCCACUUGUAUUGAUCAGGUCAACUCCUUUGGUGAUAUUCUACAGUUGGUUAUUGUUGAGCUUAUUUAUAAGGUAUGCCAUGCCAAUCCUGGAGAAAGAGCACGUUUCAUUAGGUGCAUCUACAACCUUCUUAACUCCAACAGUCCUGCAGUCCGUUAUGAGGCAGCAGGAACGCUGGUUACUCUCUCCUCGGCACCUACUGCUAUUAAGGCUGCAGCUAACUGUUACAUUGAGUUAAUUGUUAAGGAGAGUGAUAACAAUGUUAAAUUAAUUGUCCUGGACCGGUUGGUAGCACUGAAGGACUCUCCACAGCAAGAGAAAAUUUUACAGGAACUUGCCAUGGAUGUUUUGAGAAUCCUUUCCACACCCGAUUUGGAAGUUCGCAAGAAAACUCUAAAUUUGGCUUUAGAGUUAGUGACAUUGCGAUCAGUGAAUGAGAUGGUUGAGGUGCUAAAGAAGGAAGUUGGCAAAACCCACAACAUUGUUGAGCAUGAAGACACUGGCAAGUACCGUCAGCUACUUGUACGCACCUUGCACACAAUCAGCAUGAAGUUCCCAGAAGUGGCUGCCAAUGUCAUACCUAUCCUUAUGGAUUUCUUAUCUGACAACAAUGAGCUUGCUGCUACUGAUGUGUUGGUUUUUGUUAGGGAAGCCAUUCAGAGGUUUGAAUCUCAUUUCAUGAUUAUGCCUGAAAAACUGAUGCCGAAUUGGGAGGUUCACCAACUGCCCACGAGGAAAUUGGUUCUGCGUUCACAAAUUAUUGAGCGUUUACUCUCAGCACUUCCAACUAUUUGCUCUGUAACUGUACAGUGUCACACACUGUGGAUUCUUGGAGAAUAUGCCUCAACUGCAGUUGAGGUUUUGGGUGUAGUGUCCGCUGUGCGAGGAAGUCUAGGGGAGCUUCCUAUUGUGGAAGAUGAGAUGCGCAAGGCUGCUGGUGAGGCCAGUGAAGAGGAUGGCUCAGGAGACAGAGCCAACCAACAGCAACAGCAAAAGGUGACAGCUGAUGGUACUUACGCCUCCCAGUCUGCUUUCUCAACAACAACGUCAUCUAGAAAGGCAGAUGAUCGACCACCUCUGAGGAAGUAUCUUCUUGAGGGGAACUUUUACCUGGGAGCUGUGAUUGCCAACACUCUUGUCAAGUUGGCUUUCAGGCAUACAUCUCUGGAGAGUGAUCCUUCCAAGCAGAAUUCUUUUUGUGCUGAAGUGAUGCUAGUGAUCUCCUCUAUUGUGCACUUAGGCAAGUCUGGUUUGCCACAAAAAUCUAUGACUGAUGAUGAUUAUGAUCGCAUGAUGCUGUGUCUUCAGGUUGUGUCAGAACGUACCCCAAGUUUGGCAUCUGUAUUCACGGAGCAGUGCCGUUCGGCAUUAUCCCAUAUGCUGACAGCAAAGGCUGAAGAAGAAGAAGCACUGAGGCGGGAUCGCAAAGCCAGUAAAGUUAUUGAGCAUGUGGAUGACCACAUUGCGUUCACACAUUUGACAAAAGGCAGCGAUCCCUCGUCUACUGAUGAUAUGUUUGACCUGUCCAUGUCUAUGGCUGUCAGUGGUGGCAAAAAGGAAGGCAUUGAUCUGAGCACAAGUAAAUUGAGCAAGGUAACACAGCUUACUGGCUUUAGUGAUCCUGUGUAUGCAGAAGCUUAUGUACACAUCAACCAGUAUGAUAUUGUCCUGGAUGUGUUGAUUGUCAACCAGACUGCAGACACACUACAGAAUUGCACCUUGGAGCUGGCAACCCUUGGAGACCUAAAGCUAGUAGAAAAACCUCAGCCUGUUGUACUUGCACCACAUGACUUCUGUAAUAUUAAAGCAAAUGUUAAAGUGGCCUCAACUGAAAAUGGCUUCAUCUUUGGCAACAUAGUUUACGAUGUUAAAGGAUCAACCAGUGACCGUAAUGUUGUCAUUUUAAAUGACAUUCAUGUUGACAUCAUGGACUACAUUGUUCCAGCCUCUUGCACUGACCUUGAAUUCCGACAGAUGUGGCUGGAAUUUGAAUGGGAAAAUAAAGUGACAGUUAACACACAGAUGACAGAGCUAAAGGCUUAUUUGGAUUACCUUUGCAAAUCUACCAACAUGAAGUGCCUCACCCCAGAAAAGGCCCUUAGUGGCACAGGGGACUACAUGGCAGCCAACUUGUAUGCUCAUUCUAUCUUUGGAGAAGAUGCCUUGGCUAAUUUGUCUAUUGAGAAGCCUCUUGACAACCCUGAUGCUCCAGUCACAGGUCACAUCCGUAUUCGUGCCAAAAGCCAAGGUAUGGCUAUUAGUUUGGGGGACCGAGUUAAUAAGGUCCAAAAAGCAACAAUCAAAUCUGUUGGUGCUUGAGUUAUUCGACAGGUCUCCUUUUCUGGUGGUGAAUUGCUCUAGCAUAUAUUUAUUCUGGUUGGAUUCUGAAAUAUAUUUGAAAUGUUGGCUAUAUAAAUUAGCAUUGUUGUGCUUCUCAAGUAGGUUUAGUUUACAAUUUAAUCGAUGCAAUUUAUUUAUAGAAAUCAAUAUCUUUUUAUUUUUUCUGAAAAGAGAGCAAAAUGCUUACUAUAAUAGUAUAAGGGGUCAUUAUUGAGGUCCAAGAAUUUUAUUUACUUUUAUUUAUUGUAUAUAAUUAUUAUAUUUGCCUGUUACAACAUACAUUUUUAUUUUUACUUUCAUUGUAUGAUUGACGAGGAACAGUAAUAAAGUACAGUAUAUACAUA